CAACACUUUCUCUCUAUGAAAAUGAAGGACUUGACUUGACCCUUGAGCCUUGAGGGAGAGUAGAGUGUAGCAGUGUGUGCUUCUCCCGUUUUGGGAAAAACCCAUUGGAUUUUCACAUAUUUUCAGAAACUAAACCCUCUUUUACCCCUCACCCCACCCCCCUCCCACCUAGCUAGCUUUCCCAACAUUAUUUCCUGCCAUUGCUUAAACCAAGAAUUCAAUGCAUCACUAAUAACAGAUCCAUUCCCAUUCCACUCUCCCAUCAAUCUCAUCAUCAUCAUCAUCUAUCAUACCCAAUAUAUAUGUGCUGCAUACCCAACACUCAUAUUUCUCUCUCUCUCUGUCUCUGUAACAAAUAUGGAAAUCUUCUGAUAUAUCAAUCACCAACUUCAAUUUGCUCCCUUUCCCUUUUGAUCUCUUGUUUCUCUGGUCAAAACCUCCCCUCCCUUCUCUCUCUUCUUCUUCUUCCUUUCCCCUUUUUUUCUUUUUUUGGGUUCAUAUGAAACCCUAAAGAGUACGAGGAAUUGAAGCUUCAUAGAUUUUUUCGAUCUUUAAUCAGGUUUUCACAGUUUACGCUAGACUGAUCUUAAACUUUCAGAACCUUAAUUAGGUUUUCACAAUCUUAAGCUUCCAGAACCUUUAUUAGGUUUUCACAGUUUAGGCUAGACUGAUCUUAAGCUUUCAGAAUCCGGUAAGGGAAGGGAAAUAUAUAUAUAUUAUGGAUUCGUUUCAGGAAGUUGAGAGUUCGAAUUCUGAGACUAAUAACAGUCACGGCUUCUCCGGAGCUGUUGCCGUCGGAGGGAGCUCGGCGGCGGCGACGUCGAGUAGGUACGAGAAUCAGAAGCGGCGGGACUGGAACACGUUCGGGCAGUACCUGAAGAACCACCGGCCGCCGCUGGCGCUUUCCCGGUGCAGCGGGGCCCACGUGCUGGAAUUCCUGCGAUACCUCGACCAGUUCGGAAAAACUAAGGUGCACACCCCAAUCUGCCCCUUCUACGGCCACCCGAACCCGCCGGCGCCCUGUCCCUGCCCGCUCCGGCAAGCCUGGGGCAGCCUCGACGCUCUCAUCGGCCGCCUACGCGCCGCCUACGAGGAGAACGGCGGCACGCCGGAGACGAAUCCGUUCGGCGCACGCGCCGUCCGGCUUUAUCUCCGGGAGGUUCGUGAUCUGCAGUCCAAAGCCCGAGGGAUCAGCUACGAGAAAAAGAAGCGGAAACGGCCCCCGCAGAUGCCGGCGGCUCAGCCGCCGCCGCCGCCAGGUGAAGCACCGCGUGUCUGAUGUGUACUACGUAGUAGUAUUAAUGUUAUCAUCAUGUCCGAUCAAGCUUGCUUUUCUUGCUUUAGAAAGAAAAAAUUAUUUCAAAAAAAAAAAAAACCACUAGUAGAUCUUCCCAGACAUUAUUAUCUCUACUUAUUAAUCAUGUAAGGGUAUAGUAUUAUUCAUUAUAAUUUUCUCAAUACUAUCAUGUUUUAUCUCUGUUAA